AUGGUAGCUGCAUCAUGGUUGUUUUUCCCAGCUGCCAGUAUUCUGCUCUCUAUAGAAGGAGUACUGGCCAAUCCGGGACUCGGACUCUCUGUCAGUCCGUCCUACCGCACCUCCAAUCCUUGUCCAGAACGCUGCAAGAUCACUGGACCAAACGCCAGCAACUGGUCUGUGUAUCCAGAUUUUAAGAAGAUCCAAAAAUGUCAAGAGACCAUGUUUUACGACUUUUCUCUUACCGACGAUGUCGAUGACCCGGAAAGCACCCACAAGAUCAAUGCGUGCUCAUCUUUUGGCCCCGACUUUUCCAAGCUUGCCAACUCGACGGCUGAGACGACUGCUGCUACAGCCGUCGAUUGUGAUUUCGAACUUGGAUGGUGGGAAGAAGGCUUUGGACUCAAGACUUCUUCCAUCCGUUCCGUCAUCCGACAGAUCCGCGAUUAUGCUGAUAGUGGAUACGGUGCUACAGAUAGGCCGUUCAUUCUCUUCGGCCGAUCUGGCCAGGCUAGCGUCGGUGUAUACAUAGGUCAAAGUCUGUCAAACGAAGGGCUGAGUGCAACUGCGCUCAAGAAACUUGAAGAUGGUCUAACUAGUCUCAAUGUUUCUUCACCCAGCUUGGCCAUGCAGCUUUGCAGCCCUGAGUCUGACAGCGGCCAUAUCUUUGGCGUCAUGGUUACCAGUAACUCAUCUUUUGGACCCAUUCAAGAAGCGAUCAAGAAGUGGAACAACGCAACCUGCCUUGAGUUUCCUGACUCGGUACAGCUCACGGGACAAGCUACAUUUAUAACGCCACUUUUGUCUAGCAAUGGGACUUCCAACUCGACCCUUUCGAAUGGAACACUGAGCCAGGAGAAACGCCAUCUGAAGCACAUGCAGCACCAUCAUAUCCGCCCGCGUGCCGAGUGCAAGACGGUUCAAGUUGAAUCCGGCGACAGUUGUGCCUCGCUUGCCACCAAGUGUGGCAUCCCAUCUGCUGCUUUCACCAAGGUCAACCCCGCGUCCGACUUUUGUUCGACUCUCAUGCCUAAGCAGCACGUUUGCUGUUCCAGUGGAACUAUGCCCGACUUUAGUCCCAAAAAGAAUGCUGAUGGCAGCUGCCACGCAUAUCAGGUAGUCACUGACGACAAUUGUGACAACCUUGCUUCUGAGUACAGCUUGACUAAAGACAAGAUAGAGAGCUUCAACAAGAAGACCUGGGGCUGGAAUGGAUGUCAGCUCCUGUUCGUGGACACCAUAAUGUGCUUAAGCGAGGGUACUCCGCCAUUCCCAGCUCCAAUUGCAAACGCGCAGUGUGGGCCUCAGAAACCAGGCUCUGUUGCACCGACCGACGGUUCUAACAUCACAACUAUGAACCCUUGCGCACUUAAUGCUUGCUGUAACAUUUGGGGGCAGUGCGGAAUUACUAAAGAUUUCUGCGUUGACACAUCCACUGGCCCACCAGGCACCGCAAAGAAAGGCACUUUUGGCUGCAUCUCCAACUGCGGCACCGAUAUAAUUAAAGGAAGCGGGUCUGGAAGUAUAAAGAUUGCGUACUUUGAGGGCUACAACAUGCAGCGAGAUUGUCUACUCCAAGACGCUUCCCAGAUAGACACCUCCGGAUACACGCAUCUUCAUUUCGGCUUUGGCACUCUGACAUCAGACUUCCAAGUAGAGACUGGCGACAUACUUUCCACCUACCAAUUCCAGGAGUUCAAAAAGGUCACGGGCGCGAAGAAAGUCAUCUCAUUCGGUGGUUGGGACUUCUCUACCAACCCUGCCACAUACACCAUCUUCCGCCAAGGCGUGACCUCCGCUAAUCGUCUCAAGAUGGCUCAGAGUCUCGCUAAAUUCGUCAACGAUAACGAUCUGGACGGUGUCGACAUUGAUUGGGAAUACCCUGGUGCUCCUGAUAUCCCAGGUAUUCCUGCAGCCAGUAAGGACGAUGGUGCUAAUUACCUGGCGUUCCUCGUCGUUCUGAAGAACUUAUUGGGUCGCUCCAAGACCGUGUCUAUCGCCGCACCCUCUUCCUACUGGUAUCUCAAGCAGUUCCCUAUCAAAGAUAUCGCGAAAGUAGUUGACUACAUCGUCUACAUGACAUACGAUCUCCACGGUCAAUGGGACACUGACAACGCAUGGUCACAAGAGGGAUGCGACAUGGGCAACUGUUUACGCAGCCAAGUCAAUCUUACAGAGACUAAGCAGUCUUUGGCUAUGGUCACUAAGGCUGGCGUCCCCGGAGAGAAAAUCAUUGUUGGUGUUACCAGUUACGGCCGAUCCUAUAACAUGGCCGCAUCUGGAUGCUGGGGUCCAAACUGCCUCUACACGGGUAGUCGCGCAGCCUCAGAUGCUACCCCGGGCAAAUGUACUGCUACUGGUGGUUAUAUUGCUGACGCCGAGAUUGCAGACAUCAUUGCUGACCGUAAGCGUUCGGGACGCGUAGUUACGAGCUUUGUCGACGCAAGCAGCAACAGUGAUAUCCUUGUGUACGAUGACAGCCAAUGGGUCAGCUACAUGAGUGCCAGCACCAAGAAGACCCGCGCUACUUUGUAUACAGCAUGGGGCAUGGGAGGUACCUCUGACUGGGCCAGUGACCUCCAGACCUACAACGAUGUUCCCGAGCCGGCUGCUAGUUGGGCAGAGUUCAAGCAACGCGUCAAGGCCGGGGAGGACCCUAAGACAGACCAUUCUCGCACUGGCAAUUGGACCGAUCUUGACUGCACCAGCAAGUUCAUCGCAAGCUACCUCGACUACACGCCCUCGCAGCGCUGGAAGGGCCUCGAUACAGAUGCGGCAUGGGAUGACGUCCUCAGGAUCUGGAAAGACACCGACAGCGACAGAAUCGGUGUAUCUUUCAUGCAGUCGGUCUCCAGCACUCUUCACAUGGGCGCCCAACCGGACUGUGAGAAAAUCACUAGUGCUACCUGUGCAGUGGCAAUGGAGUGUCCCGAUGGCGCAAAUGGUAAAGAGUCAGGACCCGCAGCGGAACUUAUAUGGAAUUCUUUGGCUACCAUCCAUCAGAUGUACCAGGAUUACUACAACACUCUAUUUAACGUAGCGUCGGUUGUCAGCAUGAGUUUGAAAGAUUUGGAGAACAAAUUUGCGCCGUUGCCUGAGCCACAGGAUAACACCUGGUUGUUAGUUAUGAUAGACCUUCUCACCGUGGGAACACUCACCGCGGCCGGUCCCUUCUUCAACACCUUCCUCAAGAAGCUACCUUACUUUUUAGAGAAAGCCUCAUCUUCCACCUUGGACAACGCAAAAGACACAGCCAUGAAUCUCAUCGGACAAAGUACCACUCUUGCCAAGGAUCUUCUGUCUACUGAUGACCCCAAGUGGACUGCCGAAAAGCAGGAUGCCUUCUCGAAUUACUUGGGUCAGGUUAUCGACGGCUGGGCGACCGUCGCUGAGCUCACGGUACAGGACCUUUUCGACGGGUCCCAAGGCUCAAUUGAUCUCGUCUGGGGCGCAAUGUCGGGCGGAAAACUCAUCGAGGGUAAAUUUGAAACUGAACCGGAGAAGAAGAACAUCACGACCGAGUUGCGCCAGAAUAUCGGAAAGUCCUUCUUUGGUUAUGCGAUACCCAACCUCUGGCGUGUCUCCAAGACGUACGCCUUUGUGGUUGAUUCAGGAUACGACUGCAGCGAGGAUAAGCCGCUUGACAAGUACCUUGAUGAUGAAACAAUGGAAGCCACGGGUGCCUGCGUGGACAACAAGAGAUACUACCUCGUCUACCCUAAGGGCGACUCGACGACCUGCACAUGUACUGUAUACGAUCAUGGUCCCUGCCAGACGACCUGUGUGAACACCAAGUUCAGCGCACCACCAGGUAUCGAUACUCUUGACGGCGCUCUGUGGAGCGGUAUCUCGAAGGAAGACUUGAUCAAGGGGUCUGUAAACACAUACAUCCAGAACGGUGGAAACAAUGGUGGCGCGACCGCCGAUCCCAGGGACAAGGGCACAAUGGAAGCCCUCAUGGAUGUUGACAUCACCACUCCUGGCUUCAUCCGCCUACCUGUGUGCAGUCCAGAGCGCGCUUUUCAGUCCUGGGACACAUCGUCAGCAGGAUCGAGCAGCAACUACCCCUGCGAUAUUCCGCCAGGCAUUGGCGACUGCAGUGACUCGAGUUUCGAGAACGAGACCAGUGAUGCUUCGCCAGACGUCGAUGAUUGUCUGAAGAUCAUCAAGAACAUCGAGGGCGACGGUUCUACCGAAUGGACUACACAAGUUGUCGGCCAUAACCAACGCGAAAUUGCAAAGGCGGGUUCUUGUAGUUUCGGUGUUGAGGCUACCAAGACCGAUGGCAAUGUCAACUUUCGGGUAGGCGGACAAGACGUCAUUGACAUUAUCAACGAUGCUAUCAAGCAGUUUGGCGGAGGUGGUAAGAUUGGCGCCAAAGGCGAUAUGUCCUGCAAUGGCAACGUUAAGCAGCAGAACAUAUUAUACAUGAUAUUUUCACAGCAAGUCAUUGAGCCACUAAUGAGCUAG